CACAGGGGGGCGGGGCGCCCUUCCCGGAAGAGAGGCCGCGGCGGAAGCGAGAGGAUGGCGAGGGAAAGGCCUCCGGGGCUCCGGAGCGGCGCUCUAGGCCUCCUCCUCGUACUCCUCGCCUCUCUUCCGGUAAAGGCGGAAGAGGAAGCGGACGCCGGCCGCCUCCACCAGGACCGAGUGCCUUCCUCCCCUUCGGCUCCGACUGCCUCCUCGUCUUUUGCCACGAAACACACAAAGGACGGGAGCACCGCUUCCCCCAAAGCAGAGGCAGAUGCGGAGGCUUCAGAGGGGGCUGCCCUUGAGGGGGGCCCGGGCCAGGGUCUGCCUCCCGCCUCUCCGUCUCCGAGGGAAGCCGGGACCCCUGACGACGACUACGACGCCUUUGAGGAGCCCGAGGGGCCCCGAGGAGAGGACGACGACGACGAGGAGGACAACGACAAUGACGAAGGGGAGGAAGAAGACUUAGUGGCCAAGGCGCAGGGCUCGGAGGGCAAAGGGCCACUCUCUGCUGCUGCCGCUUCUUCCGUGGAGAGGACGAUGGUCUCUGCGUGGCUGCCGCAUCCGGAGGCGCCUCCUCAGCAGGGCGGGGGGCACUUCUUCCUCCACUUGGUGGCCGUGGCCUUCCUGGUGGCCGUGGCCUACGUCGCGUACCACAACAAGCGCAAGAUCUUGGUGCUGGUGCAGGGCUGGCGGUGGCAGGAGGGCCUCCAGGGCUCGAAGGGGCAGGGCUACCGGCGCCUGGACCAGAACGUGGAGGAGGCCAUGCCCUCCCUCAAGGCCGCCCAACCAUACGUCUUCUGAGCACUUGCCCCACUCGCUUGGGAAUAUUCUGCAGGCCGCCUUGGCUCCAGCCCAGGGAGGGACGGAGGGAGGGACGGAGGGAGAGGCCUUCCUGCUUGGAGACCCUCCGGGCAGCAGCCUUGCCUUUCCCCCUCCCUUCGUUUGCUCUUCUCCUUCAUUCUUUCCCACUUUUCUUUCUCUCCUUUCCUUCCUCCUUCUUUUCUCCCUCAUUCCUUUCUCCUUCCCUCAUUCUUCCCUUCCUUCUUUCUUUUCUCCUUCAUUCCCUUCCCUUCUCCUUUCUUUCUUCCAUCCCUUCCUUUCCCUUCCACCUCAUUCCUUCCCACUUCCCUUCCUUCAUUUACUUCCCUUCUUUCCUUCCUUCCCUCCUCCUUCCUUCCUUCCUUCCUUCCUUCCUUCCUUCCUUCCCUUCUUCCUUCCUUCCCUCCCUCCCUUCUUUCCUGCAGUCUUCCUUCCCUUCCCUCUUUCCUUCCUCCAUCCCUCCCUCCCUUUCCUUCUCUUCCUUCUUUCCUUCCUUUCUUCCCUCCUUCCUUUCUUUCCUUUCCCUCCUUCCUUCCUGCCCUUCCCUCCUUCCCUUCUUCCUCCCUUCCUUCCUGCCCUGAAUGGGAAGCAAUGACAGGAAGUGCCUGGAAUGGGCGAAGGAGGGACCCCCUUUGAGACCCGCUUCCAGUCCCGAUGAAGGACGAAGCCAACCUUCACGGCUGGGACCCAAGAGCUUUUCUCUGGAGAAACAAACGCCUUUUCCCAAAACCAAGCUGCCUGUCUUCUCACCCAAUUUGCCAAGUGCAGGUGCUGGAAAGGCAUUUUGGGCUUGUCUUUUUUUUUUUUUUAUUCCUGCAAAAGGAAAGCUUUUGCAGAAUCUGGAAUCGUGAUUGUCGAGAAGAGAGCGACUCGGAUGCGCCAAAAAGGAAAAUGCCAAUUCCCGGUUCUGGUCCAGGGUUUCCGUCUGGACAAACUUCUGUAUCGGGUUUUCAUAUAAAGACUUUUCAAAUACGA